AUGGAUCCACUGAAGUAUAUCUUCCAGAAGGCGAUGCUGACCGGAAAGUUAGAUAUGUGGCAAAUGUUGUUGACUGAAUUUGACAUUGUGUAUGUGACUCAGAAAGAUAUAAAGUUGAAAGAACAUCCAGUCCAUCGUUCCCAUGUAGAAGCAGAACCAGACGGUUUGCUACGGUAUUUCGAUAUAAAGAAGUAUUUGGAGUCCGGGAUUUAUCCUGAAGAUGCUGCAUCCAAUAAGAAGAAGCCGAUACGCCGUAUGGCUCUCAAUUUCUUUCUAAGUGGAGAAAUCUUAUAUAGGAGAACUCCAGACUUAGGUAUUCUCAGAUGUGUUGAUGUUGUUGAAGCUGCGAAGCUUAUUGAACACAUUCAUGUUGGAGUUUGUGGCACACAUAUGAAUGGGCUCACUUUGGCAAGAAAGGUCCUUUGA